AUGGAAGAGCAGUCUGCAUGUGCCGCCGCGGCGCCGGAACGGAAACAGUGGUCCGCUUCCGCGAACGACCUGGCACUCCUGCGCGCCUCGUGUGUCGGUCCUUGCUACCGCGUGCGAGUUCGCCACAUUCACUUCGUCGGAGCCUGGAGAUGGGCAGGAAUCCCCCCCGACGAAAAGUGUGGCAUCUGCAGCAACGCCUUCGAAGUGCACUGCAACGCAUGCGACAAACCUGGAGAGGCGUGUCCCCCCGCUUUCGGCGCCUGCGGACACGUCUUUCAUCUCCACUGCACCUGGCUGAGCCGAGAAGACGCCCUUCGCGAGAACCAAGCGAGUUGUCCCCUCUGCAGGCGACCUUGGCGCUUCAAAACCGCGAACGAAACUUUCCUCGGAAGCGACACCGACACGCAACAAAGCGGUGGCCACCAGGGUUCGCCCUCUCCUUAG